GAUUAUGAUUCUCUUGUGGAUUUGGGAAACAAGGGCAAACAAUUUAAUAUUGAGUUUCUUGUUAUCUCUAUCUAUAGAUUUUUUGGAUUUCCAACUAGCUAUCUUAGGUAUGGUCUUGUCAUAUUUGAAAAAGAAUCUAUUGAUUAUGCCAAAACAUAUAAAGAUAUGAAAUUGCAAGAUAAAGUUAGUAAUUAUUUUGAUAAAAAGCCUGUAACAGAAUAUAUUCAUAUUAUAGUAGAAUCCAUUAGUUAG